UUUAUUUCUUUUGAUUCUUCUGAAUCAAAUAAUUUAGAUGACAAUACUUCAUGUUCACUAUCAGAAUUUUCAAAUAACAAAGCAAUUGAAAAUGAUUCAGUUACAAAUAUAUUAGAAAAUGCAAAUGAAAAAUCAUUCAGAAAAAAUUCAACGGCAAAUACCUUGGAAACUUUACAUAAUUCAAAUAAUAUUGCAAAUGCUGCAAAUCUUAUAAUCAUAUCAAAAGUUGAAUCAAUAUUGUAUAACUCAAAAGAAAAAGAUAUUGAAUCUAUUGAAUUAGAGUUAGAUGCACUUGCAGUAAUAUAUGCAAUGAAAUACAAAGAAGAUAAUAAAGUAUUUUCAGACCAUUUAACUUUACAUAGUCUUAUUAGUAAUAAGGUACAAACACUUUUUGGAAUCGUUGAAAGAUAUGAAAGAUGCUAUUGGUUAGAAACUUGGCAGUUAAUUGAAUUGCUUCAUGUAAUUCAAUAUCUUGCUAUGAUUCUCAUUAAAUCUGAACUAACUGCAAAUUUUUUAAUGUCUUCAACUUAUGAAGAUUAUAAUAAUUUUCUUAAAAGUUUUUUAAAUAAUAAGAAUAUUUUUUAUAAAAAACCAAAAUUUGAAGCAUCUGUAAUACAAAAAAUUAUAGACCUAGGUAUAAUUAUCUGA